AUGCACGGCUCGCCCUGCUCGCACGUGGGAGAUGCGCACGCGGCGCUCGACGUGGAGGCCGCGGAGGCGCUCGCCAUGGAGGCCGUGGAGGCGCUGGUCUGCAUGAGCGCCUGGGGCCGCCGAGCGCGCCGGGGCCACCCGCCGAAGACGAGGCCGCUGACGCCCUUCUCGGACGCGGGCGACUUCGCGGCGCACGCCGAGGCCGCCCCUGAAGUGCCGAGGGAUUAUUUAUCUACGCUGUGCAUGACCCCUCCGCACAGCCCCGACUGCCUCGAGGUGCCGCCUGCCGGGCCGCUCUCCCUCCAAGCCAGGGCCGUGGCGGCGAGCGCGGCUGCCCCCCGUGCGUCACCGCCGCCGGGCAGGGACACGGAGCCGGGGAUACCCGGACACGCCGCCCCGCCGCCCCGCCGGGCCAUGGCCACCAGCGUGAUACGGCACACGGGGGACACCACUGCUGCCCGGCCCCGCGGCCCCGCAGCGCUCGAGGGGCCCGGCGCGGCUCCGCGCUGCAGCGGUGACACGGGUGGCAGCGCCACAGGUGACAUGGACUGCAGCGGUGACACGUUCUGCAGCGCUGCAGGUGACACUGGCUGCAACAGUGACACGUUCUGCAGCUCUGCAGGUGACCCGCACUGCAGCGGUGACACGUUCUGCAGCGCCACAGGUGACACAGGCUGCAGCGGUGACACAUUCUGCAGCUCUGCAGGUGACACCGGCUGCAGCAGUGACACGUUCUGCAGCUCUGCAGGUGACACGCACUGCAGCAGUGACACGUUCUGCAGCGCCGCAGGUGACACGCACUGCAGCGGUGACACGUUCUGCAGCGCCGCAGGUGACACGCACUGUAGCAGUGACACGUUCUGCAGCACCGCAGGUGACACGGGACAUCCCAGGCUGCCCCAGGACUCGUGUGCUCCUCAUGGCGUGGCUGCCACGGGCGCGCCAGGCCCUCACGUGCACGACCUCGAUGCUGUUGUGACCGCUAAAGGACAACUGCCCGUCCGGCCCGUCUCACCGCGGGCCCGUUUGCCAAAGAGCUGCGAGAGCGACGUGCAGCCAAGAGCUACCUCGGGGACACCCGUCCCUGUUUCCAGCCCCCCCGUUCUCUGCCAGAUGAUCCCRCUGAGUGGACAGAGCAAUAUGAUUAACGCCUAUGUCAAACCGACAGCUCCAACUCCGGUCAAGCCCAUCUUGCCACAGGCAGCCCCCCUUGCCCAGCCUGUGCUCAUGGGACCCUCUGUGCCGCAGGGGGCUGUUAUGCUGGUCCUGCCACAGACUGCUGUCGCGCAGACGCCGCAGUGCCCGCCAACGGUGAUGGCUGUCGGGAGCACCAAGUUACUGCCCCUUGCUCCUGCCCCCGUGUUCAUAGCCUCCGGGCAGGGCUGCGCCCCACAGAUGGACUUCUCRAGGCGGAGGAAUUACGUGUGCAGCUUCCCCGGGUGCAAGAAAACCUACUUCAAAAGCUCCCACCUCAAGGCCCACCUGCGCACUCACACUGGAGAAAAGCCCUUCAGCUGCACCUGGGAGGGCUGCGACAAGAAGUUCGCCCGCUCCGACGAGCUCUCGCGCCACCGCAGGACGCACACGGGCGAGAAGAAGUUCGCGUGCGGCGUGUGCGAGCGGCGCUUCAUGCGCAGCGACCACCUGAGCAACGCCGCCCCACAGCCCCGCAGACCCCUGGUGCCCGGCCUGGCGCCCGCCUGCCUGCCCUAG